CAAGACAUUAGUCCACGUUUCGCGACUUUAUACGCGACAUCCAUCCUUUCCAUUACUCGAUUCUGCCUAUCCUUUCAUCCCCACAAAGCCUCUGGCCUUUGCGCGGGGCUUUCGGCGAUCCACCAUUCUUAAUUUUAAUCUAUUCGCACCAGAUCUUGGGCUCAGCGCAAGCAGGUGCCCGCUUCCAUCUUGACCUCGUAUCACCGCGUAGAACGGCCAUGUCUCGCGUCAGCUUUGUGAAGCAGAGUCUGGACUUUCCACCAUGGUGCUUGGAGUUCGACCGGAGGGGCUAUUGUUACGUUGGCGGGGGUGGCGGCUCAGGCCAGCGCGAACUGAAGAACAAGAUCGCCGUGUUCGACACCGCGAACCGAUCCGAGCUCAGAAAGGUGGCCGAGGUGGAGCUCGAGGACGACAGCUGCUCCAGCCUGGCCGUUACAGAGACCGGCCCGCUCGAAGCAUACCUCUACGGCGCCCUCAAUGAACCGAAAGAGCAAAAGGCCAAGGGCAACAAUCGCCAUCUGCGCAGUUACCACGUGAAGCUCCCAUCGAGGGCUCAAACUAAGGAGAAGACGGAGGCGAUCGACGGUUCGAUCGAAGAGGUGAACAAGGUCCGGCUGUUCUCUGAAUCCUACAUCAAGUCGGAGGGCUUCCAGCGGAGGACGUGUUUGAGCCGGAAACUGCGACCGCAUGCACCCAACUCGGGAUCUAGCAAGAGAUUGUUGGCGAUAUGCUCGAGCUUGUCGCCCGAGUCGGAGCUGCUGGUCGUUCAAGGAUCUAAGGCGUCGCCCACGGCCAAGGACGUCGUGCAGCGGAUCACGCCCACGGGCAAUGCGGAGCUCAACGACGUCGAUCUGGUGGAGGGCGACGAGCCGGGCAAUUACAAGCUAGUGGGCGCUACGCAGCACGAGGUGUUUAUAUCCGUCUUGCAACUGGAUCCGGAGUCCAUGAGGCCGAAGGCGCCCUUGUCGCAGGAUUACAUUUGGACGGCCCCAAUCCCCGACACGUUUGAGAACAAAGGCAGAGCGAAAUACAAGAGCGUCAAGUUCUUGUCCAACGACACGGUGAUUCUGUUGGCGAACAUCGCUGGCGGCUCGGAACUUCAGCUUCUGCGUUUGUUCGAUGCGGGGCAGGCCGAACUAAUUUUAAGGAAGAAGCUGCCCAAGUCCGUCGGCUCGGCCGUGAACAUGGACGUCGCCUUUUUGAAUGAAGGUCCGGCGGGAGAACGCCAGGCCGUGAUUGGUGUUGCUGCUCAAAAAUCAAGCGUCUUAGUUUUCACAAUGGACUUGGCUGGCCCACAGAAAGCGUUCCGCCCGUCUUUCAAGUUUUACCAGGAGUUCACCGUGAGCGACGCGCCUAUGCGGGCUGCCCGCUUUGCGCCGUUCUUACCGCCAAAGGUGGAAGCGUCCAAGGAGCCGCCACGUCAAUAUCUGAGGCUUGGAUCUAUUUCCCUUCUUUCGGACAUUACUAUUGACUUCUUACCACUCGAAACGGUGGACGGCAAACCGGGUUCGCGGUACAUCUUGCAGAAAACAAGCGGAAGCACGAUCGGCGGCCUGCCAAUCAACUGGGUCGUCAUUGGCUUUCUUAUCAUCAUACAGGUGCUCCUCGCCCAGUCGUACUACUCUCAGAAAUACAGUGGUGGCUCCAGCCCGCAACUGUUGCCGCAAUCGUGGUCCGAUGCUAUCGCUGCCUACAGAGAGCGAGUGCAGAUCAUGGGAUCGCCUCUUGCGCGGCAAGUCGACAGGGUCACGCACACACAUGCUGGCGAGAGGAUAUUAAGCAUGCUUCAAGCGCAUCACGAGGAGAGCGGUCAUCUUCCGGACGGAGCUAAGAAGGCCAUCGUUCUGUCAGCACCCGAAGAGGGCGCGGGACUGAGCACGGAGAUACACGAAAGUGAAGCGGACGUGCUGAAAAGCAAUGCGGAUGCGAAAAAGUGGGAAGAGCUCAGCAAGACGCAACAACAGCGUUGGACGGAGAAGCUGAAAAAGGCUGGCGCCUGGAGCGCGGACUACGGCGAGACCAUCUUCAAGGGCGUAUUCUUCAGUGAGCUUGCGGGGGCAGUGGGAAGAGCUGCGGCAGACGCAAUGGCUGGCUAACAAAAGAGAGAGGAGAAUAAACAGGUCCAAAAAAACAAAAAGGUGGCCAAGCACAUGAAUAGCCGUGUAUUAUACCUCUUACACCUUGUAAAAACAAUAUGUGUUAACGACCCCAGCAACUUUCGCGCACGGCGGAAUCAAGUGUUUGGAUGUGCCGUGCUCAAGUUCCAGUAUCCACCACGCUGAGAACGCGAACAGCCCGCGAUGUUCGCUUUCACGGUGCGAGUUUAAGCCGGCUCGACGAAGUGAGUGGCCCAAGACAUCCGGCCCGCUCGAACGGAGAUUCGCAGAGGUUUCCUUGGCAAGAAAGAGCACGGAGCUCGCAAGGACGAAGUCCUCAGCGGGUCAAGUUUUUGUGGGCUGAAAAUGCGCCCGCCUGACUCAUUGUCGAACUCGCUCCAGAGAAGAAUCAAGGGCCUCAUCAGGUGUAAGGAAUCCAAUGUUUCUGCAUGCCAUUCGUCAUUCCCACCGCUAUCGUGCGAAGCAAGAAAGAUUUGGUCGGGGAAAAGGGUAGGAUUUUGUAACACGACUGAUGGAAAGAUUUAAAACGCCGCUCGCUAUGCAUCAAAACCGAC